AACUUUACCGAAGUAGCUCUGAGCAGCAAGCAAACUGCAGCUGGGCUACGAUGCACUCAGUUUUCAUUAACCGGGGAGAUAACAUCAACGGAAGACGAGGCGAGGCUUUGGUUUGCCGAGACGGACCUCUUAGCACCGACUAGGCAAAAGGGAAACCGCGAGAGACCUGUGUGAGUGUGUGUUUCCUGAGUGCCGGGGGCCGUGGAGCUGGGCUCGGACAGGACAGGGCGGGGUGAUGUUUAGGUUCCGGUAUAAAGGCAGCGAGAAAAUGGGAACUAGACGAGAUGUAGAACCGGUUGCCAACGCUGUCGUUUUAUACAGAAGAGUAGAAUGAGAAGUGUACCGUCGUGGUGUAACAGGGCGGCGGUGUAACCGUCUGGGGAGGCCGCUGGCGUGGGAGAAGCGUGUCUCUGCGGCGCCCCUCCGCCCCCUGCCAGUCAAUAAGAUGAGGACGCUAUUUACAUUCUGUUGUCUCUUCCUUAUUGUCGGCGGAACAGACCGGGCGUGGGCCACCGGAAACCUAACUGUCGACAGCAGUAAGGACACCAACCUGACGGCCGACAGCAGCAGCAGGUACAUCAGGAUCGGGGACGGGUCAUCGCAGGAAUUCGAGUUUCCCGAAAACACCAACGGCGUGAUUGUAAUCUCCAGCCAGUACCGGAGCGCCGCGGCCAGCAGGAAGGGCCGCCAGAGCUGGAAGCAGACGGUGAUAGUCCGCUCCCUGGACCCCGAGGUCCUCUCCAUCCUCAAUGUGACGGAUAGCGGCCACGCAGGACCAGCCAAGAGCUACAUUAUCAGCAUUCGCUCCGGGUUCCCAGGCAGGGCUCAGCUGCAGAUCCAGCUGCUGGACCUAGACCAGGAUUCAGUACCGGUUCUGAUCGAGGAGAGGACAGAUUACUCCAUCAGGGUGGCGCCCGGUAAUGAUGACCCGGCCACCCAGCUUAUCCAGUCUGGGGGCCUGUCCCAUUUUUCUGAGAACCCUGUGCUGUUUGCCUUGCUGCCCCUCAUCUUCGUCAACAAGUGUGCCUUCGGGUGCAAGGUGGAGGUGGAGGUGCUGCGGGGUCUGCUGAGGAGCCCGGUGCCAUUGCUCUUAGGGGUGCUGGGUCAGUUCCUGGUGAUGCCAUUUUAUGCCUAUUGUGUAUCCCGGCUGGCCUCGCUGCCCAAAGCGCUCUCCCUGGGCCUGGUCAUCACCUGUUCUGCCCCCGGUGGUGGGGGCGGCUACCUGUACAGCCUGCUGCUCGGAGGAGACGUCACUCUGGCUAUCUCCAUGACUCUGGUCUCCACAGUGGUGGCGGCGGCAGCCAUGCCUUUGUCAUCGGCUCUGUAUGGCCGGCUGCUGGGUGUGCACGCUGCCCUGCACGUGCCAUUUGUGAAGAUCCUCGGCACCCUCCUGUUCAUCGCCAUCCCCAUCUCGUUGGGCAUGCUUGUCAAGCUGCGCCUGCCCGCCCUCACCCGCGUCCUCCUGGCACUCAUACGACCCUUCAGCUUCGUGCUCAUCAUAGGUGGCAUCUUCAUGGCCUACCAAAUGGGGGCGUCCAUCCUGGCCAACGUCAGGCCCCAGAUUGUGGCAGUCGGGGUGACUGUGCCUUUGCUGGGGCUGGUGGUCGGGGCCAUCAUGGCCAAGCUGACGGGCCUGGCCCCACCACAGAGGAAGACGGUCAGCAUCGAGGUGGGUGUCCAGAAUAGUCUGCUGGCACUCGCUGUCAUGCAGCUGUCCUUCCGCCGGGUGGAGGCUGACUUCGCAUCCCAGGCGCCGUUCAUCGUGGCCCUCAGCAGCACGUCGGAGAUGCUGCUCAUUGUUCUGGGGUACUAUACCCAGCGGAAGUUGUGUGGCUCUGCCGUCCCCAGGAGUGACGCCUGAUUGUAGCGCAGUUUUUUGUUCUGAACUUUUUGAAGAAUGAACCCGUUCAAACCUGUGGACAUUUGGUGUCCCACGCUCUUGGCUACAAGACACCCAACAAUCACCAAUCCAGCCGUCACUGUCGUGGUGCACAGGACAGUGAAUGGACUUUUUGUGUUUUGUCGUUUUCGUAUUUUUCAUGAAAACCAAAGGCCUUUUACCCCUCUGAGACCUUUUUUGUGUUGAUUUUACAGUAUGUACUUUUUAAAAUCCAGAUUAUACUGUGAGGUACUUAUUGUAAAUAUUCCUAACAAGAGAAAUACCUAUAAAGGAAAAGAUAUUUUUGUACCAGAUUACUUUUUGUAAUCAAAAAGCAAAGAUUGAUUUGCAUCAUGUUUACAAGAGGUCCACGUGUCUUAGCCUGGGGAAGAAUCUUUGGGGGUAAAGUGGUAUCAUUUGUGAUCAAAUGGGAACAUGAUGAUGUUUUGAAAGUAUUUGCAACUGAUUGUGUUUCCUGGAUCUGCGAAUCCACGUACUUGAAUAUUAGAAAGGAGAAAUAAAAAAACAAUGUUAAAGCAG